AAAAAUUCCCGCUUUGUCCAAGGAAUUUUUUAUGGGAGGGAAACCAACAGAUGCAUCACCACAUAAAGGAACUUGUGGAUGAUGAGAUGGGUAAGGAGCAUUCAAGUGAUUAUUUUGAUUCUAAUGUUAAUUUGCUAGAAAUCCCCUUGAGGAAAUUCCAGGAUAAGGUAGAGAAAGCCAUCAACAAGGACAAGAUGACAAGCACUAACAAGGGGAAGUGGCAUAGGUUAGGGAGAAGUCUUCCUAACUCACCUAAUAAGCCUAACUCACCUAAUAAGAAGCAAGACAACAACGGUAAUCGUAAAGGAGGUGUAGAGAAGAUGGAAAAGGCAAGAGUAUCCAAAGUGUUUGUUGAAAAUAGUUGUAUUACCUAGCUAUUCAAUAUAAGGGCAGUAGCUCC